AUGUCUGCACCUCAGGUUGCGCCAGUGAGCGUCCAAACUGACCUAUCACACUCAGAACCCGCCGCCCAAGUGGCAUCUCUUCCUCCGCCACCACAACUGCUCCUCUUUGGAGACUCUAUCACACAAGGCGCCUCCUCACUACAGAGUGAGCUGACGAGACGGUAUGUGCGCCGGCUUGAUGUGCUGAACCGCGGUUUUGGCGGGUACAACACCAACUCGGCUUUGACUCUCCUACCGUCGUUCUUCCCAGCAGUGGCCCCCUCGAGAACUGUUCCUCGUGUCGCUGCUAUGACGGUACAUUUUGGUGCCAACGACUCCUGCAGCCCCGGCGAGCCUCAGCACUGCGACCUCGAGACGUUCAAAUCAAAUAUCAGACACGUCUUAAACUGGGAGGGUGUCAGGCUCCAUAGGACUAGACUCCUCCUUGUGACGCCCUCUCCCGUGGAAGAGUAUCGGCUGCCACAUGACGGGAAGGGCAGGGCAGAGAGAGUGGCGAUGUAUGCGCAAGCAAUUCGGGACAUUGGCAAGAAAGAAAAUGUACCUGUCGUUGACCUGUGGACUGCAAUGAUACGUACCACUGGUUGGAAAGAUGGCGGUGUCGAUGCCGUAUUGCCCGGAUCUUCAAGUACAUCCCCCAGCAUGGACCUCGGGAAACUUUUCUACGAUGGUCUUCACUUGACCCAGGAUGGCUAUGACAUCUACACGCAGGAACUUCUACGCGUUUUGGAAGCGGAAGUUCCAGAAUGUCAAAUACAUGGGACUGACGAGUGGUAUCCUGAAUGGAUUAGGUUUCAUCCACCUGCAGGAACCAGGGUAGAGGCAAGCGACUGCUGA